CAGGAGUACAGGUCCCAGGUGCCUCCUCCUUCAGACCCAGGGGCAGCAGAACUAAGAAGAUAAGAAGGUCGCUAAGAGAGAAGGGGCUGGGGGCUUGGACCCCUGGGUCUGGCAUCUGGGACCUGCACUCCUGUGUGCUGAUGCCUGGCCUCUGGCCUCUGCAGUGCACCCCCUUCUGAGCUCUGACAGGAAAAUUUGCAGGACCCAGUGUUCUCUUGCACGCGUGCUCUGGUUCUGUGCCUCCCCAACUUCGCUGCUGAAGUUCUGUGGUCCACCUUGAGCCUCGGGCCGGCCUUUGUCCCAGACCAGGGCCUGAAGAGCCUCCAGGGGAGCCACACAGGUGUGAGUCAGGAAACUCCUCUUUCCAGGCCUCAGUUUCUCUCUCUGGCAAAUGAAACCACUCCUGUCUUGCUUCCCUGGGAGAGGAUAGACCUGAGAACCAGAAGUCUCUCUCUCCCUCCCCCUGACUCUUUUUGUCUCUGUUUUUGUCAGGGGAAAGGGUACCAGCAUUGGAGGAAGCCAGGUGGAGGUGUCUUCAGCUGGAAGGACUGGGUUACGGGCACCCAGGGCCCUCCUUUCCUCCAGGCCCAGAGGUCCCACGGGCCUCUCCAGGGGCAGAACGGGGUAUACCAUCAUCACCGCCUGCCUCCCUCCCUCUCUUUCAGGAAUUCAGCAGGAUCCGGGAGGCCUAGGUGUUUCCCAGAACGUGGUGUGUGGGAAGAACAGCCUGUGUAGUAACGGCAGCCCGGCCAGAGCUCCACUGAGGCACUGGUCCAGACCCUGAAGAAACAGUCGGGAACAAAAACCAGGUAGACACUGUGCCUGGGGAAAGGUCAUAUGCCAACCAGAGAGACAUCCAUUAUACAACAAAGCCCCACCCUGGGGUAGAGGAAUCGCCGGCCCCUCCUGCUCUGGGCUCAGCUCCCACCAGAGGACCCAUCAUCCUGACACAGCCAGACACCAGGCGGUGGCCCAGACUCCCCGGCAACCCCGUCAGCACAGGCUGACUUUGCUCUGCGCUAGUCUUCAAAUGCCCCCCCAGCUCCCGGGCCACAGAGAAACUCGGAGAGCGGCAGGAGAGCGGAGAGCCCGGCCGACCCGCAGCCAUGAGACAGGACGUGACCAAGCCCAGCCGGACAGCCCGCCAGUGCUCCGGCCUGGCCCGGAGGGUGUUGACCAUCGUCUUCGCGCUGCUUAUCCUGAGCCUCAUCACCUGGGCCUACGCAGCCGGCGUGCCGCUGGCCUCCGAUCGCUACGGCCUCCUAGCCUUUGGCCUCUACGGGGCCUUCCUCUCGGCGCACUUAGUGGCUCAGAGCCUGUUCGCGUACCUGGAGCACCGGCGGGUGGCGGCGGCUGCGCGGAGGGCAGCGGCUCGGGGACCCCUGGACGCGGCCACGGCGCGCACUGUGGCGCUGACCAUCUCGGCGUACCAGGAGGACCCCGAGUACCUGCGCCAGUGCCUGGCUUCCGCCCGCUCCCUGCUGUACCCGCGCGCGCGGUUGCGCGUCCUCAUGGUUGUGGAUGGCAACCGCGCGGAGGACCUCUACAUGGUCGACAUGUUCCGCGAGAUCUUCGCGGACGAGGACCCCGCCACCUACGUCUGGGAGGGCAACUACCACCAGCCCUGGGAACCUGCGGCGGUGGGCGCAGUGGGCGAGGGCGCCUAUCGGGAGGUGGAGGCCGAGGACCCCGGGCGGCUGGCGGUGGAGGCGUUGGUGAGGACGCGCAGGUGCGUGUGUGUGGCGCAGCGCUGGGGCGGCAAGCGAGAGGUCAUGUACACCGCCUUCAAAGCGCUUGGCGACUUGGUGGACUACGUGCAGGUGUGUGACUCAGACACAAGGCUGGACCCAAUGGCACUGCUGGAGUUGGUGCGGGUGCUGGAUGAGGAUCCCCGGGUAGGGGCCGUCGGGGGAGAUGUGAGGAUCCUCAACCCUCUGGACUCCUGGGUCAGCUUCUUAAGCAGCCUGCGGUACUGGGUAGCCUUCAAUGUGGAGCGAGCUUGUCAGAGCUACUUCCACUGCGUGUCCUGCAUCAGCGGUCCCCUAGGCUUAUACAGGAACAACCUCCUGCAACAGUUUCUUGAGGCCUGGUACAACCAGAAGUUCCUGGGCACCCACUGCACUUUUGGGGAUGACCGGCACCUGACCAACCGCAUGCUCAGCAUGGGCUACGCCACCAAGUACACCUCCAGGUCCCGCUGCUACUCAGAGACCCCCUCGUCUUUUCUGCGCUGGCUGAGUCAGCAGACGCGCUGGUCCAAGUCGUACUUCCGCGAGUGGCUGUACAACGCGCUGUGGUGGCACCGGCAUCACGCGUGGAUGACCUACGAGGCGGUGGUCUCCGGACUCUUCCCCUUCUUCGUGGCGGCCACGGUGCUGCGGCUUUUCUACGCUGGCCGCCCGUGGGCGCUGCUGUGGGUGCUGCUCUGCGUGCAGGGUGUGGCGCUGGCCAAGGCGGCCUUCGCCGCCUGGUUGCGCGGCUGUGCGCGCAUGCUGCUGCUCUCGCUCUACGCGCCCCUCUACAUGGGAGGCCUCCUGCCCGCCAAGUUCCUGGCGCUGGCCACCAUGAACCAGAGUGGCUGGGGCACCUCAGGCCGGAGGAAGCUGGCCGCCAACUAUGUCCCUGUACUGCCGCUGGCCCUGUGGGCGUUGUUGCUACUCGGCGGCCUGGUGCGCAGUGUGGUGCAUGAGGCCAGAGCCGACUGGAGCGGCCAGUCCAGGACUGUUGAGGCCUACCACCUGGCGGCGGGGGCCGGCGCCUACGUUGGGUACUGGGUGCUCAUGCUCAUGUUCUACUGGGUGGGCGUGAGGAGGCUCUGCCGGCGGCGAGCCGGGGGCUACCGCGUCCAGGUGUGAGUUCCGGUGCGCGGGUGCUGACACACGGGUCUUCACGGGAGACAAGAAACCAAUCAGGUCCCAGGACUGACGAACUUAUGGGUGAACUCUCUGGGCCUCAGUUUCCCCCCUCUGUGAAGUGAGGGGGGUCAACCCAAGAUUCUUCAGCCUGGAUUGUUUUGGGGCUGGGAAUUCCGGGUCUCUGGGGAGGGGUAUUUAUUGAUCAGGGUGUGGAUUUUUAGGGGUAGGGGGAAAGGGGUCUCCAUAUACUGUUUUGGGGCCCCCACUUCCCCCCUGCUCUUAUUUAAUCUCCAUUUGUACUGUGUGAUUAGGAUAUAAUAAAGAAUUUUAUUUAUUUUC